AAAUUAAGGAAACGAGAACUAGCCAAUCAAAGGCAGAUUAGGGUGGGUCAUGACGUCGCCAUCCUGGGAUAAAAAAUUGUUCGUACGAUCCGAUCUCCACUUACGCCCAACACUGGCGUCACCUGGAAGUAGUCACACUGGGCGAGAUGACCGGAACAACAAAAUGGCGGAGAAUGAGGAGUUUCGGCAGGAGUCGGUCCUGUAACGCAGACUUCAGCCUGUCGACUGGUGAAACAGCUGUGUGGCACGACACCAAAACCAGCAUGAAUCUCCAGCAGCCAGCCCCUCUCAUCCCCCCCGUCCACCCUGAUGUGCAGAUGAAGCCCUUGCCAUUCUAUGAUGUACUGGAUGUCCUAAUCAAGCCUUCAAGUCUAGGAGCAAGUACUGCACAGAGGUACCACCAAGAAAAAUAUUUUAUCUUUGCCUUGACACCACAGCAAGUUCGAGAAGUAUGCAUAUCCAGGGACUUUCUUCCAGGUGGCAGAAGGGACUAUAUGGUUCAAAUUCAGCUGAGAUUUUGCUUGUCAGAGACAAGUUGCCCUCAAGAGGAUAAUUAUCCAAACAGUCUUUGUAUAAAGGUCAAUGGGAAACUUUUUCCUUUGCCAGGUUAUGCACCACCACCAAAAAACGGUGUGGAACAGAAGAGACCAGGAAGACCUCUAAAUAUAACCUCCCUUGUCCGACUCUCCUCUGCGGUACCCAAUCAGAUUUCAGUGACAUGGGCCCCUGAAAUUGGAAAAACCUAUUCUAUGUCUGUGUACUUGGUGAGGCAGCUGACAUCACCACUGCUCCUGCAGAGACUGAGGAUGAAGGGCAUCAGAAACCCAGACCACUCCAGGGCACUAAUUAAAGAGAAGCUGACAGCAGAUCCAGACAGUGAGAUUGCUACAACAAGCCUUCGAGUUUCACUCAUGUGCCCGCUGGGUAAGAUGCGGCUUACAGUGCCAUGCCGGGCGGUGACCUGCUCUCACCUGCAGUGUUUUGAUGCUGCCCUGUACCUGCAGAUGAAUGAGAAAAAACCCACCUGGAUCUGUCCUGUGUGUGACAAGAAGGCUGCAUACGAGAGUCUCAUCAUUGAUGGUUUAUUCUUGGAGAUCCUCAAUGACUGUUCAGAUGUGGAUGAAAUCAAGUUCCAGGAGGACGGAACAUGGUGUCCCAUGAGACCAAAGAAAGAUGCCGUCAAGGUCCCUUCUCAGUCAGUUCCAAAAAUUGAGACCUCCGCUCCAUUGCGGCAGUCUUCAGUGGUCCUCCAUUCUACUGAGCCCAGCUCCACCAAGAAGGCGGAUGUAAUUGAUCUGACUCUGGAAAGCUCCUCCUCCUCCUCCUCUUCUGAUGAAGAGGACACAGACCCUCCACUGAAGAAACGCUGUGUUUACAUUUCCAAGAAUGAGGAAAUGCAUGCAAAGGGGGUGUUGACCUACCAGCCCACUGUGCGCGUGUCAAACAUCCAGGCUCUGGACCCAUCGUAUUUGACCUCUACGCUAGCUGACUAUGCAGUCCCCUUCCACCCAUCAACCCUGGCCACCAUCCCUACAGACAUGCAGAGUCUGGAUUUGUUUUCUUUAAUUCAAGCCGAUCCUCAGCAUUACCGGCCACAGAUGUUCCUGGACAACCUGACGAACACCAUGCAAAGUGCAGCUGCUGCCAGCACCAGCUCAGCCUUGGUCUCCUCCUCAAGCAGCCACUAUGACACCAGCACCCACGCUGGCAGCUCCAUCCAUGAGACCCGGGUCAUCGCAGGAGGAGGAGGGGGCACUGGAGGAGGGACUGACAGCAGCAUAUCAGAUAUCAUUUCACUAGAUUGAGCCACAUCUCACUGGACCUUUUUUGGCCUCUUUUCUGUGGCCUUUUUAGUCAGGACUACAUGUACAUGUCAUGUUGAGUUUUACACAGAAGCACACAAAUUGGUAUAUAUGAGCACUUUCAUGGCCUGAAUAUUUUCCACAAUGUUAAAAACUGUAUCCAGGCAUGUUUAUUUUGCCCUUGGGUUUUUUUAAUUGCAAAGGGCAAUAUUGUGUGUCAUUUCUUUUUACUUCAAUAUUUGGCAAACAUUCUCUUUUGAUUUAGCUCUGUAUAGUCUAAUAUCCCCUGAUGUUUUUAGCCAUGGGCUAGUCCAGUAUUCCAUGAUGUUUUAGCCCUGUUUUGGUCCAAUACUCCCUGAUGUUUUAUCCCUGGUUUGGUCUCUUUUCUCGGCAGAAAGAUAAUUGCCUGUAAUUCUUUUUUCCAGUUUUUUCAUUGUUGGAAAUAUUUAGACAACCUUCAUUUAUACCAGUUUGUUUGCUUGCACAAUGCACAUACAUGUAAAUGUGACUGCAGCCUAUUCUGGCCCGAUUGAGCUGAACUAUGUGCCUAAUUAGCAUUGAACAGAGCCAGGAUAAAUGGAAGAACAGCUUGGACUCACUGCUCUCAGCUAGAUGUUUCACACAACAUCCGUGCUAGUGAAUACAUCGUUGGAAGUAGGAAGCAUCUCUGUAAAAGACUUGUGGACUGAUGAUCAGGCUGUUGACUGUGUAGGUGUCUGACCUCCUCACACACCACAACAGGGCUGUUUCUGUCCAUUUUUAUUGUAUCUGUGCUGGCUUUGAAAAGCCCUGCUUUGCCUUUCAAUCACACAAAUGGUAACUGGAAGGCAGGUCAGUAAUUCAAAUGUUUUCAUUGGUUCUAACAGCUGUUAAUCAGUACUUUGAUGAAGUUUGUUACAGGGCAGCUUUCAUGUCAUACCAACAUAAGAUUUUCCUUUGUAAUUUAGUCCAAGCAAUAAUAAUUUAACUUCUGUUAAGUUAAAUUAAGUUGUAAAUGUAGUAGAUACUCAGUAAAUAAUUUAAACUGGUCCAUGCCACUCUGCCACUCUGCUUCCAAAAUCAAAUGUACAGUUGUUGUUUAUGGUCAGUUUAUUGACUUAAAUAAAUUGCAAACUUGAGAUUUCAUCUUGUAAGAGAAAUACACUUAAAGGAAUAAUGCAAAAUGUAGGCAAAUAUGCUCAUUUGCUUUCUAUCAGAGUGAGAUGUUCAGAUGGAAGUGUAAGCAUAAGUCUGGGUGUGCUUAGCUUAACAUAAAGACUGGCAGCAAGGCGAACUACUUGCUUGGCUGUGUCUUAAGUUCCAUAAAUAUACCUUCUGACACCCUGAUAGCUCAGUAAUUAACAUGUUGUAUAUCAUUCGUUUGCUUUUUACACAAAUAGACAUGUAGGAAUUCAAGUUUGUAGUUUUAGGAGGCAUUUUGUGUUUCAAUUUAAAGUUCCAGUGUGUAACAUUUAGCAGGAUCUAUAGGCAGACAUAUCUAGAAUAUUCAUAUGUAUGUUUUCGUUAAUAUAAAUAGGAAUUGUGUUUUUGUUACAUUAAAAUUAGAUGUUUUUAUCUACAGAGGCGGUGGGUCGCCUUCCAUAGAUUUUUCCAUGUUGAACCACCAUGUUUCUACAGUAGCCCAGAAGACAAACCAGCUUUUCAAGUUUUUUCACAUUUGCAGUCUGCAACAACAGUACUAGAUGCCACUAAAUCCUACACACUGGUCCUUUAAAAGUCCACUCUGUUAAUCUUCGGAACUCUGACCUCUCUGCUAUUGUUGGAUUUUUCUGUGUGUUGGUAUAGAAUAGAUGGAUAUGACAUUUUCUCAGUGUUAAUGCCUACACUUAAGCCCAUUUACUAACAGUUGACAGCAAGCAGAAACAUCAAGAACAAUAAACACGGCAGCUACUCUACCAUA